GUUUCUCUUGUUCCGCUAGCUUGUGCAUGUGUAUUCUAUUUUCUGUUUCGUGUGGAAAGCUUUGAUAAUUAUGUUUUAUUAGUAGCACCAGCCCAAUGUAGCAAGAAUUCUAAACACGCGCCGCGAAACGUGAUUGGCUGGCAAAAUGGCAGGUCCGAUAUGGGCAUGCGUAAUUUGACGGGAAACUGCACGUGUCAAAAGAAUAUAAAAACAACAAAGCUUCCUUCUUGGUCUUAGAGAUAUUGUGUCAUUAACAGGGAGGUAUCCUUUAUGUUUUUCUAUUUAUCUAUAGCUUUUAUGUCGACCGCAGUCAUUUGGGUCUCUUCGUAACCGUGGUCCGUUGAGAAUAGGAUGCCAUCAAGCAUGUUGGACUCAACUUUUUGUCCGCCUAAGGCGAAAAAAUUCGCCCAUAGUUGCCGAAACGCCAGUUCUGCCAGGUUUACGUACUGUGUACCGCCUUUACAUAGAUUAUCGACAAACACAAGGAUAUUUCAACCCGAAGAGAUGGAGUCCCGGAUUAUUUUGCCACCAUCGUUGUUGACUCAUUUAAGCGAGGAGGUUCUAGUUCUUAUUUUAGAAUAUUUGGACUUCAGGAGUCUUGUAAUGAUGGGCAAGACUUGUCGUCUAUUUCACCGACUCUGCCUCUCAGAUCUCAUAUGGCGUCAUCGAUGUAGGGUGAGUUGUGUUUAUGGAUCAUUUUGUUAGUUUGGACGAAGCGACUCAUCGUUGUUUUGGAUUAGGUCGUUUCUUUAUGAGUGUCAGAGCAAUUCUGGCUGUUUCAUUUCUUCGUCUUUGUUCGGUGUAAAGAGAAGGCCACCCCAAAACAUCGUCCCUCGCAGCCGAGAAAACUACAAGCAAACCCGUCACCGCGACCAAACAACCGCGGAAAAUCUUUGUUUGGGAAUGUAAACUUCGAGGCUCUCCGUUCGUUAUUCUUUACAAACCUACUCAGAGCUUGCUUAGUUAUCAUUUUGGAGUGGCGUUGUCUUUUCUUAUUGCCUUCCUUGUCCCUGAUGAUGUAGAAAAGCAUUUUCUGUUUCCCAUUUCCGAUUUCCGAAUGCCAUGUGGUAGUUAUACCCGUUCGGGCAGAGUAUUUGGUAGAAAUUCGGUUUUCUUCGCCCGAAUUGAAUCGAAUUGGUCCAGAGAAGUAUGAGCAAAUAGGCAAUAUUUCUAUUUUGGGUUUAAGCUUCUCGAAAUUUUGAUAUUUCGAAAAAAUUCGUGCGUUACAAGUAGCGAAGAGGGCAAGGCUUUCAUUAAGGUCUAAUAUAUAAUUCAAGAUAUGAAAGCUGGCAAGAAAUUCGAGAUAUAUUUCCCAGCGAUAUUAUUCUGUGAAACGUUGAGGAGAAACGAGCGAAAGGAUCUGUGUUUUGAUGGAGCGAGAAAGAUUCUUUGAGCGAUCGAGCGUGUUUGCUCCAUUCAGCGCCUAGCGUAUCCGGGUUGCAAGGAAAGAGGGUGUAUGUCGGCGUGCCUCAUUUCAUGUGAAGUUGGAGGGUUAUUGAAAUGGUAAUGAAGAGAUCGAUUUCAGUGAACCCAAGUGGUCGGUGUUGAAUAGAGGGCUUGUGUUGAAUACUGUGACAGAAUACUUUGCCUUCUUGUGAUACUUUCUUUAUUACCCACAUCAUUUUAUGCUAUUUGAAGUCGCUAAUGCCUUUCUCCCGUUUCAACUCUACUCGCUUUCGCUCUCAAGAGGAGACCGGGCAUCUCUGUCUCCUUUGUCAACACCGUGUUGAUUUUGCAUGGUAUAAGAGCUUGUCCAAGUAGUGAAAUAUGCACAGCUUUUUUGAACAAGAGGACAUGAAUAAAUAAAUUGAGGCUUUUGAAAGGAAAUUUACGCGAUAUUAUCUGAACCGGAAUCGAUUGUUUUGUAUUUCUUUGGCCAGGCCUGUGGCAGCUGCACCGUGUUUGGCCACUGAACUACAUUCACUUUAUUUCUCUUAAAAAGGCUCCUGUCUGUCGCUAAUUGCAGGUAUUUUCUCAAGUUCGAAGCGAAGGAGAAAGUCUAGUUGUCAAGCCCACAAGCGGUCUUUCUGUCUAUGUGCUUCAGCUUCGCGUUGAGUCAAAAUUGUUUCUUGUAGCCGGCCACUUCGAUCGUGCAGCCGUUUUCAUUUCAUUAGGGGUUUUCCCAAAGGCAAUUAUUGAUUCAUAGCCAUCGCUCUCGCGGUCUAAAAAUUUCAGUUUUUACAGUAAUGGACACAAGGUGUUUAAUUAAUUUUAGAGGAAACUGUGGGUUUCAUAAAAAAAAAUUGUUGCAACAGCAGUCCCAAUUGGAUUAAAUUGACAUGCCCAAACCUAAUGUAAUGUACAUGUACAUUCUAAACUUUUCAACGGUAAUAUCAUGACUGUCUCCCGGUUUAUAUCACAUUUAUUUUAAGCCUACCAAAAAGAAUCAGUAGCUAUAUUAAGUGCAACUGUUUUAAUUUUCCAGGAUUUGCAACAAAUUUUUAUUUUCACUUUUUGAAUUAUAUGUAAUCUCUUCAGAACUGCUUUUAAAAGGAGAAUGUGGAACUUUAUCAGAUUUUUUUGUCAACCUUUGUUACUUUGUUUCUGAGUGAUGUUCAGUUUUUCGUAAAGCUAAGCAUUCCUACAUUACAGGAUUAUCACCACAACAAGGUUGACUUUUAGCAAGACAUUAAUAAUUGCUUGUUCCCAGUUAGCCCAAUAUUCUUGAUUUUGGGCAGAAAAGCUUCUCAUAUAUGUGACAUUCCUUUUUCCUCUGGCAUGGAGAUAAGUUUUGCAAGGUUCAGCAAAAUACUUGAACAUGUUCCUAGUUUAGCCUACAAUGUAGCUUGAUUGGCAACGUGUAUUUCUCUGUUCUUAAUGGCUUAAAAUUGGGGGAAAUUGUAUUUACUUUAUUUUCAAAAAUAUUAGUAAACAUCAAGCUUUUCUUUAAAGUGCAAUUAUAUUUCUAGUUGCACAUUUAGCAUCAAAAUGGUUUUACAACUAUCCUCAUUGCAUUGAUACCUCGUUCUUGUUUUGACAAACUCUUUCAAGAUUUAAACAUGAAAAAAUCCAGAAUAUUCUCUACCAUGGAAAAUAAAAUCCUCUUAUAUCACAGAACCUGUAAUUUUAAAUCUGACAGAGGGGUUGGCAAUAUUGGUGCUUUCCCUCCUUUGCCAACGCAAAUACACAUGCUAGUCCCCUUUGUUGGCGAAAACAACAGAAUAUAAAAUUUUCUAGUUUAAUAUGUUGUUUUGCCCUGUUUCCUCUUUCCUUUUUCCUUUAAACCAAUCAGUUUUGCUUAAAAACAUCCUUAACUUUCUUGAAAUUUUCUGAAAACCAAUAAUUAAUGUCUUAAAUUGUGCAUUAACAUGUACUAAACAAAUAUGCUUCCUGUUUUGCCUACAAAUAUUUAGCUGCUUAGUUGACUAUCAAGUAAUUAUGAAACUGUAUUUUCCAUGUUUUGUUUAGGGGUGACUUAAAACCACUGUGCAGGUUGCCAGUAGGCACACUCUAGAACUCUUACAAGUCAGCUAACUGGCAAAUGCUCUCUAAAUUAAGUUUCCAACUCGUUUUUAAUAGUAAGACUAAUAUAUUUCUAGAAAAAUUAUAUUAUCGCUUCCUUUUGUCAUGUCACAAAUAGCAGCUAAAUUAAGCUGCUGGAAACUAUGACAAGGGAAGAAGGCAUUAAUUAAUCUGUACAACAGUGUUUGUCACAUUAAUAUAUUCCUUUUUAAAUUCUGAACUGGUUUAAAAAAUUUUUGUAGAGUGCUCAACUUUUCAGGAGCGGUAAAUAGUAUGGUGGAAUUGUAGUUCCAGGUUUAUGUUACAGCGCUGUUUCAUUUUCGUAUUAUUUAAUUUAAAGUCAAUAGUAACUUGUUAACAUUAGUAUAAUAUUGUCAGCAUGUAAAAUUAAAGUUCACGUGCUGUAAUUGCCUGAUAAGUGUGGUCACUUUUACACCAUACAAAACAGACCUGUAGCAAUAAAACAAAGUAUAGCCUUUGGUCUACAUUUCUAUGGUGAAAUUAUUAUAUUCCUGUUAAGCAUACUUCACUCAUCUCUACAAGGUAGCUUAAUAAGAUCAAAUGGCCCUCUCUUUGCUUUUGUUUGACUUGUUCAGUGAAGACCUUCAGCUUGACAUCUGAGCUAAGGUAGGGAAGGCCAUCUGUUCUUACAGGCCACUUCUUCCAAGGGCACAUUUUGAUCUUGUAAGCAUAAUCAAUCAUAAAAGGCAGGCGUUUUCCAAUAAUAUGUCAUCUCUUGUUUUGCUUCUUAUUUCAGGUGGAUUUUGGUCUGGCAACAAGAUGGUCAGAAUAUACUUUCAUUUACCUCUACGAAAUGUUCUACAAAGCUGAAGUUCUUAAAAAUGAUCACAAUUUUUUCAGACCAGUUAGUCAACUUAAAACUUCUGUUAUAGUUUGGUAUCUUCUAAACCCAGUACCUCCUUCUCAAAGUGUUAGCCAUUUAACAGCGAGCCAAGCAAAGUCAAUAUGGGGAUUAACAGAUGAAGAGUUAGAAUCAAAUUACCAUGAAUCAGAUAGAGGUAUGUUCAGUUAAUUCUGUGAUAAGUUCUCUUUUGUUAUUCUUGGAGAGUGUACAAAUAUACAUCUAUACCAGUUGAAUUAAGACCCUUGAAAUUCUGCUUUGCCAGAAUUCAAGCAUGUUGUUGUCCAUUCCCUACAAUCUACAAUGUAUGGGAUGAAUACCAGUAGUGUGUUGAUGACCCCUUUUUUUGCCAAUUUUUUUGAGUGGGGCAUUUUUAACUGAAGCAAAAAUGUGCUAAGUGGUUAAAAAAUGAAAUGUAUGUGCUCUUCUGGGAGAUUGUCCUUGUAAUAGCAUUCUGAGUGGCAUUAAAAAAUUCAUACCAAUAUUACCCCCUGAAAAGCUUCCAAAUGUUACAGUUGGAUAAUUUAUUAUAAUGUCUCUGAGUUUUCCAUUUGUUUCACUUGCAGGGAGAGAUAUUCACGAAGACUUCCCAUCUAAUUACUAUGAAUGGACUAGUUUAUACAAACUUUUUGUUAGGAAACAUGGAGGAAUUAGGCAAAUGCAGACUUAUGUUCUCAAGAGAUGCCUGAGAAAUCGACAAGCUCUUGAGGAGCACUUUCAACUUUCUUUGCAUUCUUCACGGCAACAGAAGUGGUAUCAGUUUUUAGAGGACAGAGAUGCAGGAAAUAGGAAGGCACUAAAAGCAUUAACAGAGCAUAUGCCAAGAGUAACACACAGCUAUAUGCUUCACCAGGUACGUGGAAAAUUUAAAUCGGACCUUCUGGUGUACAACCAAAAGUGUCCACCAUCAAUAUCUUGAGAAAAAUAUUAAAUUUCAUCAGCCUGCAUAUAGGUGUCUUAGCUUUGCCAAGGAAAUGAGGUGCAUGCAAGAUAAAAAUUAUUUUAACAAAGUUUGUAAUGGCACCACAGAAGAGGUUUUAAAAUUCAUAUGGUUACACCAUAGAAUACAUACAAAGUGAAUACCAAAUACAGUCAAAACCCGCUUUAUGGACAUACACUUAUGCGAACAUCUCAUUAUUACGGAUAGUUUGCUUUGUCCCUGGGAAAAGAAAGUCCUUACAUGUUCUCUAAAUUCAACCCACUUAAUACAGACACCCCAUUAAUACAGAUGCCCUGUUUGUGUCUGUAUUAACGAGGUUUGAGAGUAGCUAGAGAUUCAGGUUGUCACAUAGAAAGCUCAGGAGACAUUGAUUUACAUUGAUUUUAUUGCUGCACUUCUUUGUUGCAAGCCAGCAAAGUAGUGUUAAAAUAGGAAUAAAAAAACAUGUAGCCAAAAUCAAUUAGCUUCUUCUUACUAAAGAGGUUAUAGCAUGUGCGUGGGUGGGUAAGUGGGUGUGACAGAGGUGGCUGUUGGGUGGGCACCUGUAUGUGAUUAUAAACAAAAUAGUUUAUGCUUACUGAGCUUGCAGGCAUCAAACUUGAAGGCAACACCAAAAUUAAAUAAUUUUCAGUUGGUAGACAAUAUAAUGUUUUAUUUUAUCAACCCCCAAACAUUUGUGAGGUGUGUGAAUUUUCUUUGGCAAAAUAGUCUUUGUAUUGCUAGAUGAAAGAUACACAAUUUAUUAUGUAAAAACACCACUUUCCCAUAUUUGAAUUCCAAAAACUCUCGCUUUUAAAAGGAGGUUAAGUGCAAAAUCUUUUUUGUGAAAAUGUGCUCUAUUUGAUUGAGAAUAAAAAAUAUUUUCAUCUCAAUGGCCUUGAACUUAACCUUGCUUUGAAACAGAGGCUUGGAGCAAAUUGAAAAUAGCUUGUUGGUGACAUCUCUGGGAGGGAAUGUUUUUUUUUUAGGUUUAUCAGGACGACAGUGCAGAAUGCAUCCACUGUGCUUGUAUUCAGCGAUAACAAAACUCACUGGUUUUCAAUUCUUUUUGUACCAGAUAACAGCAAUGUACAUAGAUGGACACCUCAAAGGUGGGUUCCAAACAGUCAAAGCAUACGCAGACUUUUGUGGAUAUUUCAAGAACUGGUUAGAUGCCAAGAGCAUUAAGCUGUGGGUUCCUCGUCAGGGUGAACUAGUGGCAGAGGAUUACAGAGCAUGCCUUGAGUAUGUCAAUGGCGAGGUAUGUUGCAGUUUAUCAAGGAAGUUCUAAUAAAUAUUGCUUGUUGUUUUCCCCCCUUGCUUGUUGAGGUGAUCCAUGUUCUGAUUCAGCUGUAGUGAAUUUUUGUAACUUCUUCAUUUACUUUUGCUCUCCUUGCUUUUUUAUCACUUGAAAAUAAAAAUGCGAAAAAAAGAAGUGACAAUCGUAGUGGUUCCUUGACUACACUCUGAUGUCCUUUUGCGCAAGAACCCAAAACUGUCAUUUCUCAUCUUUGUUAAUUGACUGUGUUACUUACUGGUCAACAGCUAUCAAGACAUGCAGAGGAGAUUGAGUUAACUGUGAAUGAUUUCAUGAGCAAGGCUAAACCUUACAUUGAAAGACUUCACGAAGUUUGGGUGUGGCAGAACCGAAAGGGCACUGCAUACAGAAAGGAGCACAGGCCUAAUUCAGUUGUACGACGGCACAAGUGUUACAGGUAAAGAUCCUAUGACAGUAGCUAGACCAGACAUAAAUUCCCUGUUAAAUUACAGAGCUCAUACUGGUCAUGGAAAAUCUAGAAAGUUGUGACAUUUAGGAAUUUCAUUUUCCAGGACUGGUAAGUCAUGGAAUUUAAUUGUCAUCCCUGAAAAGUCAUGGAAUAUUAAAGCUAUGUUAAGUGGCUCAUUUACUGCCGUUUGUUUGUUUCUUCAAGAUCCUUCAAAGUUUGUGUUCUGUCGAUUUGCUAAAUGUGUCGAUAAACACUGCCAAUGGCUUGUGAUAGUACAUUGUAUAUGACCUGCAGGAUGGCCAGUCUACUGUACUUUCUUCUCUACUUACCACUGAGAAAAACAAUUUUAUGGCUUUUUUAUUGUAUUUUAGACGGUGUUGGCUAGGCAAGAUCAAUUUUAUUUUUGAUAGUCUGUUACCUCGGCAACAGUCUGUACUGUCGUAACUGAACAAGUGAAGAAGACAAAAUCGUUGUCUAUUUUUUAACUUGGCCUUUAUCAACAAACUAGAAAUUUAGAUUUCAAGCCUGUUUGCAUAAAGUAUCAAAAAGCUAUUUACGCACAGUUUGAAAUUUUUCUUUAAAGGCAUCGGUAUUUUCAAAGUGACGCAGACCCUACUCAUAGUCUAUUGAAAUUAUGUUGUUACUAUUUUAAUUAAUGAGCCUCUUGAGGCAAAAUGAAGUCAUCCUUUGCGUUCAGUAACAGAGCCGCGCGAGUGUGUCAAUUCAGUUGCCUUUAUUCUUCACCAAAGUACUUGACUGUCGGCGCUCUUUCAGCUUAUUGUUGUUUCCGCCUCGGUUUUUCUAAAAAGUUCUUUACAGAUGCUAGUUAACGUUAUCUCCAGUUUUCUCGUUAUUUAACCCUUUAAACCUUAAGAUCAAAAUUUGAAUUCUCAUUUGUUGCGCCUAUUCAUUUUCUACAGAAGUAGUGGGGAGAAGUUGAUAAAAUUCAAGCAAAUUCAUCUUGUGUAAUCAUAUCCGUGAUUCUCAUGACCACUCUGUUUUACAAAGCAUUGAUAUUACAAGGAGAAAUUAGUUGCUGAUCUCUCUUAGGGUUUAAAGGGUUAAGAGAAUUCGGUUUUAAAAUUGCCCUGCUUUGACAGCUAGUCCAGAAUUGACUUUAAAGGAACUUUGUCAUAGUUUGUAUUUUAUGAUCCGUGUUAAUCUCCAUUAUCCACCGUAAAAAUAUACAAACCCUGAAUUUUUGCGCGCUAAACAUUCGUUACUCCCCCAAGAAAGCAUCGCCACUAACGUUUUUAUUCUUUAGUUCUUAUAGUUUACUUUUACUUCUCUUGUUCCGUUUUACUAAAGAUCAAAUGAUGACUUGUAACAACUCCUAACCUGACUGUUUUGAAAUAUAGCGAAUUUUCUGCUCUGCAGGAACUUCUGGAAGCCUUUUGUUCGAUAUCUAUUGUUUCUAUUUGAAGCAACUGUGCUUUUGACGUAUUUGAGCGUUUUUCUCACCCAAGUCUCUUAAGUGCUUUGGCGGCAGAGUCUUGGUGUCUCGCAUUAGCACAUGAUCAACAAACACUUAUAUUGUAUUCUUAUUCGUUAGUUCGUCACUUGAACAUAUUUGCUUUCGGUCGUGUGCUAAACAAGUAAGAUCACAAAAACCUUUCUCAAGCACCCCCUUGAGGUUAACUGAUCAGUAUUUCAAUUUAUGAUCCGCGAUAUUCGGGCUUGUGGGAAGAGAUUGGGACAUAAUUAGCUAUAUUUUUAAGCCACAAGCACAACAUUGCCACAUAGCCGUCAUAACAAUCUUUGCAUAUCAUUUGGACAUACAAAUGCCUUAUAGUGUGGUUAAGAACUGCUCCCGGCUAUAGACUCAUAUCCCUUCACAGAUAAUGCGUUGAAGCGUAGAGGUUACAGAUUUACAUCUACGAUUGAAUCAUUCCUGUUUUUUCAUUUCACCGAUGCUUAGUUUAGUUUAGUCUUUGUCAUUCUCAGACGAUGGUAAUAAAUAUCAGGCUAUAUUUGAAAAGACUGUGUCCGUAUUUGGACAUAAUAUAUCUGUAAGUCCAAUUCCUAAUAUCGUAUCAUAAAAGCGAAACAAAACGUAACAACUAUUGAUGUUCUUGCUUUUAGAGGCCCGAUAUUUGAGUUAUUGCUUGAGAUUGUUUUCCUCGUCACGUCCUCGACUACGUUAGCUGUGAAGUUUAAAAUAUCGAAGGAGGUUUAAAUAUUUAAGGAAUGUCAGCGUUACUGUUUUUUUUUUCGGGUAACUGAGUCAUGUUUUUCGUGUUAAAAAAGUUCUCUGUACACCAAUUCGAACCUAGCCAUAAUAUUGUGAUGAUAAUUGAACAUUUUCGGUACUAACGAGAAAACGGCUACUUUUUUCUUAGGAAAACGUGAAAACUGUACAAAUUUACAAGUCUGUUAUAUAAUCUGUUAUAUUCUUUAAUACAAUGGAACCCCGUCGUUAUUACGGCCACUUUUUGGGGGCGCCCGGCAAAAACGACCAUACAUUUUCUUGUAACGAAACCCUCGUUAAUAAAUUUAGUAAAUGUUUUCGGCCUAUUGGUGACCGUAUUAACUGGGCUCCACUGUACUGGAAAACAAACAGUUUAUGUUUCCUGCGAAAGUAUCCUACAGCGGUUGCCUUUGAAAGGUCAAAGGAAGUAGGACGUGGCUCAAAAGUUAGAACUACGUUUAACAUGUCGCCAUAUUAAGGAAAGUGCGAAGGCGUUAGCCAUGUUUUAGAGUGAAAAUAAGUGUGUCCUUGUAUUUGUGAAACAGAAACAAUUAAAUAAUAGCGUAAAAAGUAGACGUUUUGGCGUCAUCGUAACGCUAUCAAGGCUUUUUAGGCUUUUAAGUACUUGUUUCUGUGUCGGUGAAUCUCUGUAUUUGUUGUACAAUAUACGCAACUUUGUUGUUACUUUGAUUUUUGAAGUAUUACUCAGCCUCAAGCAUUUUCCACUUUUUGGAAAUCACUCAAAAGUCGUUUUGUUUUCCUCUUUCUUAGGGAAUUUCUUGAGAAGGGAAAUCUCGAAGACUUCACUCGACUGAAGAUGUUUUUUGAAAGGAAAGAGAUCGUGGUAGCUUGGUUUAAGGAUAAUAGCUGGCUUCACACACUGCUUGGAGACUAUGUUAUGAGGCCGCUUAGACCGGCCUGUUUAUCAUCUGAUAUAUCUUCCUCCCACUUCUCAGCUGACUGCGUUUCAAGCUUGGUUCAAAGGUAAGAUACUCGUGCUUGAAUUUCGUUCGUAAUCUAGGAUCACUCAUCAAUCGAUUUUGACGAAGAGAGGUGAAAGAAAAAAAACGAAAAUAACUGAAAGAAAAGUGAAUUCGUCUCGAAAUGUACUUUUCUAUUUUCUCAAUGUAAACCGAAAGAAACCGGCGUGAACCGGCGGGCGGGCGCGAUUAGUUCACGGACGCACUUGAGUGGUCUUCACGCGCGCGCGUUGAUUUAAUGAAAAUAUGGCAGAAAAGAAAGCUGACAAUCUAGUUUCGCGGACUAGACAGCCACGUUUCUCGCGAGUUGAGCUAACGGAGAGAAUUUGAUUCCCAGAGAUGCAACGUGGCUGCGUUUAAUAUUCAUUAUGGACGUUUUUUUUUUGUUUGUGUAAUCUUGUCGGUAACACACUUCUUCUUUGCCUCAGGUGCGGGCGGAUCUGUUCAUCAAUUCUCUGUUGAAGUAUGAACACAGUUGAACAAACACAAAUGCCGCUAAAAUUGUUUUGGCGUCUGGUUUAAUUAUUCUUUUCACUGCUAAGACCCUAAAAAGCCAUUUGUCUUGAUCUUGUAAAGAGAGCAGAAAAAUUAUUGCCGACCACUCUAAGUGGUGGGGUUUUUCCUUCGGUUUCGCAAAACUCUUUUUCCUUUUGUUUAAAUCGGAUAUUGCUCAAAGCUUAGUCAACUCAUACUUGGAGCCUCCAAAACAAGAGUUUGAUUGAACCUGUUUCCGCUGCGAGUUUUGGCGGUUUUCAUUUGCGCUAAUCCUGCACUUCUUGUGCGGAACUGAAACUAUAGCAAUGAUAUUAGGCACUUGUUGUGGGUUUUAUGUUACUCGCCGCCACUAGGAUUUGUGGUUUCCUUUAGGACCAAGAAAAGCCUUGCCGAUUAUAAUUGGUAGUGGCCUUCUAAUGACCACUUUCCCCGCCUAAAUUGUCUUUAGGCAUUUUAAGAUGCCACGACGGCAACGGCCAUGAAAAUGUCGCUUUUAAAAAGAGAAUUUGCGGGUUUUUUUAAUCUCUAUCCCGUUUAUUCCAAUUCGCGUACUUUGUCAAAUGCAAGCGAGCGCUUUUGGAGCCGAAUUCCUUAAACCGUCACUUACGUAUGUCCUCCAUAAAACGUGAAAUGCGGCUUUUUCACGCCGUUGUCCUUCAGUGACAGCAACGAAAUGUACAAAAAAGUGUGAUGCACGUGCAAAGUUGUUGUUUGUCGUAUUGCAUUUUUUACGUUCCCUUUGCCGUCGCCAGCGUUGGAAUCUUAAACUCCCAAUUAUUUGAUAUCGCUUUGUUUUGAGUCCCCUAAUGGCGAGUCUGUCUCGUUUCAGGUUUUUGGAGACGGGUUAUCGCUCGGACUUCAACAAAAUCCGCAUGAAAUUGUCGGAAAUGGCGAGUGUUCAGCUGCAAACCCUCGUGCGCAAGUCACGGCAGCUGCGAGACUCGAUUCAACAAGACAUGAUGAAGGAGGACUGUGUGUAUGUCAGCGAUUACGAAGACAGAAAUUUCAUGAACUUUUUUGGCGGUGAUCCUUUUGAAUAUGGACGAAGGAUCGAAGUGGUUACCUUGGAUUAGAUUGCAAACUAAAUCGCAACGCGUAAUAAUUCGUACUGUCGUUUCGCUUGCGAGUCGUUUCGCCCACGUCCUGUUCGCUUGCGUUUUAACUGCUUUUCGCUAACGUGUUAGGUAAGUUCGGCGACUGCUUUCGCCUGAUCAAUGGCUGAAAGAACGAAUAUAUACAUACAGUAGUUAUCACACUUUUCGUAUCACUGCUGAGAGAACGAGGUAUCUACAUAAGCAGCGCUUCUUACGCGAAACGACAUAAGACGUUGGCGAACGGGACGUCAUCGAAACGACUGGUCACAGUAAUUAGUGUAUUCCCGUACUUCCUUCUUACCUUACUCUUGCCUGUAAGAUCAAGUUAUACAGUAAAAGCCCGAGAUUAAGAACCCACAUUUUUCCAAGUUAGCCUAAACAGGUUCUUACAUAGAUCGUUCUUGAAUAGGUUUUUAUUUUUUGAAGAAGAACAAAACAUUGUAACUAAGAGUAUUUAGUGGUCUAUUCAGUUUAUUCCUUAUAAAUUAUAAAAUCUGCAUACCGUCACACUGCAGUUGGAGUGAUUAGACACCUGUGUCUCCAAAAAGGAUCCUGAAUGUUGACUUAUCUUAUGUGCCAAAGUGUACAGAAUUUUGUUUUCUAGAUUGAAGAAAAUCAGAACCUGUUUCAAAUUUAAGGCUAGACAGGCCCUCGUGUAAAGGGGGCCCAACUGGCAAAUUUUAACCUAAACCAGGUUCUUAGCCGCGGCUUUUUACUGUACAUAGCUGUAUAACCUGUGUUCAAAGCGCCUUUGAGGUAUUCUGAGGUGGAGUGCUGUUUCUUAUUCAGGGUGCUGUAACUUCAUUCACACUCUUGCGGCUUUAGUUCUUUCGUUGAAAGAAACGUAACUUUAUAGUAGGAAAUAGAACUGAUUGCGUUUUUUCCAUUUUGUUCAUAAUUCUAUGUAUAUUCAGUUUGAGAAUUAACAAAAGUUUUUUUAAUGUUCCAGUCAA